GGUGGAGACAGAAAGUCACUUGCUCCAUGUUGCGCCGUGUCCUUGCCAAAACUGCCGCCCGCAGCUUCGGGUCCCACGCGCCCAAGCACGUGCCCGAGCAGUUCGUGCGCGACCACCUCGUGGCCGUGACCUUGCUCGACUACGAGGGCAGCCGCCACAUCAUCCAGGGCCGCGUCGGCCAGACGCUCUUCGAGGCGUGCCAGUUGUCGGGCCUCGACAUCGUCAAGGACGACUCGCUUGGCGGCGGUGGCGCCACGUACAGCGCGGUGCGGACGCCCGAGUUCACCGAGAGCCUCUUUGGCGAAGGCCCGUCGUCGCCCUUGUCGCACGUCGUGGUCUCGAACGAGUGGGUGCACAAGCUGCCGGUGCCGUCGGAGCGUGAAGCGCGCAUCCUCGAGGACGUGCCGGAAGAAGACCUGACCAAGAACUCGCGCCUUGGCACGGAAAUCAUCUUGACCAAGGACUUGGACGGCCUCGUCGUCGCCGUGCCCGAGGCGCCGCCGGUCGAGACCUUUACGUACUUGAACGACUGGGAGGAGCCGCAGCCCGAAGCGUACACCAUGUUCCCCAAGUCCAUCCGUGGCGAUUAGAUAUGAAUCGAAUACAAUAUGGCCGCGUGGUAUUGCCGUUGGA